AUGGCCUCAACACAAUGCCUGUGCAAGCCCACACGAGGCCUCACCUCUCCCAGACUCCUCCUCGGUCCCCGUCUCCGCCGCGCAAUCUCAACCACCCGUUGUUCCCUCGCGCAAGCCUCGCGCGAACCAGGCUCCCACGCAAGCCCACGCAAACCGCUGACUCGCGAACAACGCGAUCUCCUCUCCUCCGCUCUCCGCGUCAACCAAGCGGGCGAACUGGCCGCCACGCUCAUCUACAAAGCCCAGACGCCGCUCGUCGUCCGCCAACAUCCCCAUCUCCGGCCGCUCAUGGCGCACAUGUACGACCAGGAAGCCGGGCACUUGGCGACGUUCAAUGACCUCAUCCACAAGCACCGCGUGCGUCCUACGGCCCUGUACCCGCUCUGGUCCGUCCUCGCCACGGGCCUAGGCUGGUCCACUGCCAUGAUGGGUCGCGAGGCGGCAAUGGCGUGUACGGAGGCGGUAGAGACCGAGAUCGGCGAUCACUACAAUAACCAAAUUCGGGAGAUGCUGGCCAUGAUUGCGCAGUGGGAGGCGGAGGGUUACCAAGUCAGCGCCGAGAUCGGGGAGCUGGUCAAGACGUUGAGGAGGAUACGGGACGAGGAGUUGGAGCAUUUGGACCACGCCGUCGAGCAUGACGCCAAGAAGGCAGAGCCGCAUUGGCUGUUGACCGGGGUGAUAAGAGCGGGUUGUAGGGGAGCCAUUUGGGUCAGUGAGCGAGUUUGA